UCUUACUAUAUAGUUUAGGCUGGCCUUGAACUCACUGUGUAGUCAUGUAGUCCAAGCUGCCCUCAAACUUGCAUCAACACCUUUGCCUCACCCUCCCAAAUGCUGAGAUUAUAGGCUUGUAUCACCACACUGGUAUCUAUUAGCUUUUAAUUUUAAACAUCUGUUUUUCCUAUAAAACUAUGUAAAUUGAGAACCGGCUCUGUACUUCAUCUUUGGUUCUAAAGCAACUGACAUACAGCCUCAGUUUUGUUGUCUAAUCAAAAGGAAGCAAAACUGCUUGGCAUUAAGUGUUUUGGGAGGACGAAUCUGGUCAGACUGAAGAGGACCAUUCCAUAUCUGACCUGAGGGAUAAAGGAAGGAAAGUGGCAAUGGUCAAUUCCAUAGCAGGUCAGAGAGAAAGGCAUUUACUGUGUAGUGUCAGAGGUUCUGCACUGAGCUUACCAACAGCAGAAAGAAGCCAGAGAGAUCAUUUUUAACAAGUGAGAUCCUAAAUCUUUUUUUUUGGUAAAAUGUACAUUAAAAGUACCAUUUUUGCUUUGCAUAGUGGUACAUGCCGGUGAUUCCAGCUACUUGGGAGGCUGAGGCGAAAGAAUUGCAAGUUUAAGCCCAACUGUUUGGGCAGUUAAGCAGGAUCCUGUUGCAAAAUAAAAAGAGAGAGUGCCAAGAUGUAGUUCAGUAGUAGAGCCCCCCUGGUUUCAAUCCCCAGUACUACUGAGGAAAAAAAAGAGACUAUGUUAGGGGUUAGAUAGUGUAGCUUAGUGUAGCUUACAGCACAUACCUGGCACACACACAAAAUUGAAUCUUCAGCACCAUUUUUUUAAAAAAAGUGGAAAAUUCUUAGCCGGGCAUGGUGGCUCAUGCCUGUAAUCCCAGCAUUCGGGAGGCUAAGGUGGGAGGAUCGUUGCAAGUUCGAGACCAGCCUGGGCUACACAGUGAGCUCAAGGCCAGCCUGAACUGCAUAGUGAGACCUCGUCUCAAAAAAGACCAAAAAAAAAAAGGUGGAAAAUUCUCAUUUUAAUCUUUUUGUAAAACCAUCUAUAAGUGUAUAGUUCUAUGGUAAUAAAAAACAUUCACACACCAUCACCCAUUCCCAGAAUUUUUUCAUCUUUCCCGGCAGAAAUUCUCCAUUCAUUGAACACUAAUUCACCAUUGCCCUCUUCCCUCAGGCUCUAGGAACCACAGUUCUACUUUCUAUCCCUAUGAAUCUGACUGUUCUAGAUUUUUUUUUUUUAAUUUUUAUUUUUUGGUACCAGGGAUAGAAUUCAUGACCUUGUGCUUGCCAGGGAAGCACUUAAGCCAUUGAACUAAAUUCCCAGUUAGAUAUCUCAUAUAAAAGAAUAUGUUUGUUCUUGUCUUAUCAUAAUAUCUUCAAAGUUCAUACAUGUUGUAGCAUAUAUCAGAACUCCAUUCCUUUUUAUGGCUGAAUAAUAUUCCACUGUAUGGAUAUACCACACAUUGAGUCAUUCAUCUGUUGUUGGAUACUUUUGUUAUCACUUUGCGUUUACUAUAAAUAAUGUGAAGGAUUGUACAAAUACUUCUUCAAGUCUCUUCAGAUCUUUGAGUAUACAUCCAGAAGCAGAAUUGCUAAAUCAUAUAAUUCUACAAUUUAAUUUUUUUUCUAACAAUGUUGGGGAUUAAACCCAGGGUCUCACAAAGGCUAAGUAAACAGUCUACCACUGAGCUACAUCUUCAGCCUUUUAUUUUUUAUUUUAAGGUAGGACUCUCAAAGCUAUAAAGGUUGAACUUAAACUUUCGAUCCUCCUGCUUCAGCUUCCCAGAGUGCUGGUGUUACAGGCUUGUGCCACUACACCUGGCUAAAUUUUUGAGGAGUUGCCACAGUUUUCCACAGUAGCUGUACCAUUUUAUAUUCUCACCAACAAUGUACAAGGGUUCUAAUUUUCUCAUUAACACUUGUUAUUUUCUGGGUUUCUUCCUCUUCUCCUUUUCCUUCCCCUUCGCCUUCUUCUUCAGUAACAGUCAUUCAGUGGGUGUGAAGUUCCAGGAAAUUUUAAUAUCAUAGACCACAGAGAGAAGUUUCACUUUGGAGAGAAGAGCACAGCAGAGGAGGGUAUAUGGGCAUCCUUGACCCAUCCAUAUCACAGGCCUCUGAGAAGCCAGAAGUCUGAAGCACUUUGGGUCAACUCAGCAGCUUGUCCCUGAUCUGUGGUCCUGGCUUCUCCCCUGCAGGUGCCUGGCUGCAGCAAAUCAUGCAGUGAGCCAUGCCCCGACCAGGACAGCCUCGCCCAUCAUCUGGGCCGGCUCGCUUAGGACCCUGGGAGCAGCCAACAGAACUAUGCCUGGAGACCUAUGAUGACCCACCCCAGCCUCCACCAGGCCGACGGACCCGUAGACCAGACCCUAAGGACCCUGGACACCAUGGGCCAGAGAGCAUUACCUUUAUCUCUGGCUCUGCCGAGCCAGCCACCGAACGCCCUGCCUGCUGCCUGCUGUGGCGGCCCUGGGGGUGGGACUGGUGCCGGGCUGCCUUCUGCUUCCGCCGCUGCUGGGAUUGCCUCCAGCGCUGUGGGGCCUGUGUGCGGGGCGGCAGCUCCUGUUUGUCUGCUGAGGACUCCGUUGAAGGGGCUGGUGAAGCUAACUGGGCCAAGGAGCACAAUGGGGUACCCCCCAGCCCUGAUCGUGUACCCCCCAGGGAUGGCCAGCGGCUCAAGUCUGCCAUGGGAAGUAGCUUUAGCUACCCUGACGUCAAGCUCAAAGGCAUCCCUGUGUACCCUUACCGCAGCACCACCUCCCCAACUCUUGAUGCGGACUCCUGCUAUAAGGAGCCACUGGCUGAGCCCCCUCCUAUGCGCCACAGCCUGCCUAGCACUCUUCCCAGCAGUCCCCGUGGCUCCGAGGAGUACUACUCUUUCCAUGAGUCGGACCUGGACCUGCCUGAGAUAGGCAGUGGCUCCAUGUCAAGCCGGGAGAUUGAUGUGCUCAUUUUCAAGAAACUGACUGAGCUGUUCAGUGUCCACCAGAUUGAUGAGCUGGCCAAGUGCACAUCAGACACUGUGUUCCUGGAGAAGACCAGUAAGAUCUCAGACCUGAUCAAUAGCAUCACACAGGACUACCACCUGGAUGAGCAGGAUGCUGAGGGCCGCCUGGUUCGAGGCAUCAUUCGCAUCAGUACCCGGAAGAGUCGCAAUCGUCCACAGACCUCAGAGGGGCGUUCAGCCCGGGCUACUGCCCCUACUGCUGCUGCUCCAGACAGUGGCCAUGAGACCAUGGUGGGCUCAGGUCUCAGCCAAGAUGAACUGACAGUGCAGAUCUCCCAGGAGACGACAGCAGAUGCCAUCGCCAGGAAGCUGAGGCCGUAUGGAGCCCCAGGGUACCCAGCCAGCCACGACUCAUCUUUCCAGGGCACCGACACGGACUCAUCAGGGGCACCCCUGCUCCAGGUGUACUGCUAAUCCCUGCUGGGCUCAGCAGCCCCAACCCCUCCUGGGAGAAGCAUGGCCUACAGAAUAGAGGGACCAGGAUCCCUUUGGGAAAGGCUGGACCAUAAGCAGUACCCACCCUGCUGCUCCUGUCCUGGCUGACUGGUUUUUGGACCAAUGCAUUUCACAGGGUCACAGUGCCCAUAUCCCCUGCCUUCCCAGCGGCUUGACCCCCUGCCCAAGCCUAUUCCUUCCUGUGGCCUGAUCAAGGAUAUAAGGACUUGGGAAGUACUCACUGCAUUGAAUCCUGACUCCAUCCCAAACAUGAAACGUUUAAAGGAAGUUUAAACGGACUGGGUUGGGGUGGGCAGGGUCUCUGCAUAGUGUUCUGUGGAUAGUACCCACUCAACAAGUUCUAUUGAGUGGUCUGUUGUGGUUCCUAAUGUACAUGUUAACAUGACAGUGCUUAAAAGUUCAAAGAUAACAGAUGCCUGCCUGAUCA